AAAGAAGAGAACCAGAAAUAAACCGCAGCCAAAAAGAUGAAGUGAGUCUUGUUCUUUCAGCUGGGAGUUUGUACCAUCAGCACUCGGGAAUGGCCCACCCUCACAAACAACUUCUCUAUUUGGGAGAACAGUGUAUUUGUCCUGUGCUAUAGAAGAAAAAGAGAGAAAGAUAGCUUCCUGCAAGAGAAGAUGCUUGAUUUUAAGGUCAGGAAACCUAAGUGCAUAUUGCUUUUUAAUGUUAUUCAUACCUGGAUGUCCUUCCUCUAAGAUUUAGAAAAGAGACCUCAAGCAAACAAAUCUUUCCAUGCCGGGUUAUGUUGCUCUCUAUCACUCCAGGCAAAAUGAAGCCAAUACUUCCAGGACUGUCGGCUUGGCGAGAUGAAGAGAAAACUUACGGGUUCAUAGAUGCCUGUUUAAGGUUAGAGCACAGAGGAAUCUGAGGAAACUACCCUAUUUGGAUGCAUUUGAAGGAAAAGGAACCAUUAACAGUUACACCUAAUGUUUGAGGAGCAAUGAAUGGGCUAUAGCUGAAACAUCCAGGUCUAAAGGGACCUGAACUCUGGAUCGGUCGUUACUCUUCUCUGUCAUUCUUCCAAUGAAAACUAAAAGACCAUCAGCACUUUUCAAGACCUUUGCCAGAAAACUGGAAAUAUCAUGUCUUUGCUUGGGAUGAUUUCAUCCUGAUGGGGCAUUUCAACAGGAUGUACAAAGCGUGACUUGGGUGAUGAACAUCCAGACGGGACUGCUUUGAUGCACAGAGUUUGCACAUGAAUCAUAAGGGCUGGCUGGAAUUGAAGGAGCUUGUCCAUGUCCUGAGAAGGCUAAUUCAGAAGAGUCCUCAAAGUUCAGGCUGGUGGCUUUUGCUAAAAAAAUCAAUGCCUGCUUAGCAUUCUUCCACCAGGAUAUUAUUCCCAAAGCAAUGCAUUCGCUUGCUGUGAUUGUAACCCAUUGUCUUGCUACACAAUUCAAAUCCUAAAUAUAAAGUUGAAAGAAAGAAAAAAAAGUGUUUCCCUGGAUUAGACAUGAGCGUCAGAAGUCCUAAAGGACGAUGAAUCUUUAUUAAACUGUUUGGAACAAUGAAAAGAACUGAGUCCCGAGGCUACGUAUAAAGGCAGAACUGAUGUUUUAAUUUCAGAGCAGAAAGAUAUGAAGGCUGAGGUGGGUUUAAGAUGUCCAUCAAUUAGAGGGACGAGAAAUUGUAUCAGCAACCAGAACACUUGAAGAGUUACACUUCAUUAGAGCAGAAGGGCUACUUAAAAGAAUCAUUAAUCUAUUUAAGUGAGAAAAAGUGCAAGCUGAAAAGUGAUUACGCUCUGUACAGAAUUCUCUGAGGAUUUGUCUCCCGCUGGCCUGUUCCUGCUAAGAGUUUUCUAUUUUUGGCUAAUGUUUAAAAGAAGAUUGUUUUUUUUAAAAAAAGGCAGAGAGAGGGGUAGGUGGGGAGGGAGGGUAAGCCCCGAUGUGAUCAACAAGUUCAGAUACUUGUGAUGGAUUAUUUGUGUGUUUUUGUUUUUUUAAAGUUUUUUUUUGAGAGAGAAAGAGAGAGAGAGAGAAAGCAAAGGGAUCCUCCCAAGACCGGAGACUUGAGCACGAAUCUUAGGGUGCCUGCCUGGUUCUGAGCAAUUAAAUUCUAAGCUCUGUGGGAACACGAGGAGCUGUAGCCCCUACCAGGCCUGUGACAUGAUUUUGCCUGAGAAGGAAAGAUGAUUUGGAACAACACCACUAUGGACGGGGAAGGGUUGCUUGUGAAAAGAGAUUCCUACUUCCGAAUCCUCACCGGAUGCUUCCUCUCCUUGCUGAUCCUCACCACUCUCCUAGGCAACACCCUGGUCUGCGCAGCUGUCAUUAGGUUUCGCCACCUGAGGUCCAAGGUGACCAACUUCUUUGUGAUCUCUUUGGCGGUCUCAGAUCUUUUAGUUGCCGUCUUGGUCAUGCCCUGGAAAGCUGUGGCCGAGAUAGCUGGAUUCUGGCCUUUUGGAUCAUUCUGUAACAUCUGGGUGGCAUUCGACAUCAUGUGUUCCACGGCCUCCAUCUUAAAUUUGUGUGUCAUUAGCGUGGACAGAUAUUGGGCCAUCUCCAGCCCGUUUAGGUAUGAGAGGAAAAUGACCCCCAGGGCAGCUUUUGUCAUGAUCAGUGUGGCGUGGACCUUGUCUGUGUUGAUUUCCUUCAUCCCUGUACAACUGAACUGGCACAAAGCUAAAACCACAAGCUUUUUAGACUUAAAUGCCAGUUUUCAAGGUGUGGCUAUGGACAACUGUGAUUCCAGUUUGAACAGGAUGUAUGCCAUCUCUUCCUCUCUUAUUAGUUUUUACAUCCCAGUGGCCAUCAUGAUAGUCACCUAUACGAGGAUAUAUAGGAUUGCUCAAAAGCAAAUACGGCGUAUAUCAGCCUUGGAACGAGCAGCCGUGCAUGCUAAGAACUGUCAAACCACUGCUGGCAACAGGAACAGUAUGGAUGGCCAGCAUCCAGAAAGCUCCUUCAAAAUGUCCUUCAAGAGAGAGACUAAAGUUUUAAAGACUUUGUCAGUGAUCAUGGGAGUGUUUGUAUGCUGUUGGCUACCCUUCUUCAUCCUGAACUGCAUGGUGCCCUUUUGUGAGCCCAGUAUCUCAUCCCAGGGAGCAGAGCCAUUUUGUAUAAGUUCUGCCACUUUCGACGUUUUUGUUUGGUUCGGAUGGGCCAAUUCUUCCUUGAACCCGAUCAUUUAUGCCUUCAAUGCAGAUUUCCGCAAGGCAUUUUCCACUCUUCUUGGCUGCUAUAGACUCUGUCCUUUCUCCAUUAAUGCGAUAGAGACAGUUAGUAUCAACAAUAAUGGGGGCAUGGGUUUUUCGAGUCAGCUUGAGCCAAGAGGGUCCAGCCCCAAAGAGUGCAAUUUUGUCUAUUUGAUUCCCCAUUCGGUUCUCUGCCCGGAAGAAGACAUGUUGAAAAAAGAAGAGGAAGGGGUAUUCUCUAAAACCCUGGAAAAAAUUUCUCCAACCCUAUCAGGUAUUUUGGAUUUCGAGGCUGAUGUGUCUUUGGAAAAGAUCAAUCCAAUCACACAAAAUGGCCAGCAUAAAACCUGAGGGGUAAAGUUGACUCAUCUAAAAAAAAAAAAGUGAUCAAUCGAGAAAGAUUUUCAACUUUUUUUUGUCUGUUUUUAGUAAGAACAGUGUGCUAUUGUGAGAAUCAAAGCCAUCACAUAAAAAUCCAGAGCUUAAUCAGCUGCUGUUUGACAAAAACAUAAAAUUUUAAAAAGAAUUCCACCUUUCAUACAUUGUAUUUAAAGAUUGUUCAAUGUUGUUCAUCUUGAAUGGAAAUGAAUCAAAUAUGUAGGUACGGUGUAGCUGCAAAAAAAAAAAAAAAAAAAAAAGGAAAAAAAAGAGUUUUAAGUGGAUACAUGUUUGCAGAAACAGACCUGGGGAAACUAAUUAUACUUCUCUGUGUGAAUAAAAUGUAAUAGAUUUAUAUGAGAUUCCCAUUUGACUUGCAUAGUCAUUUGUGGGUGUUUAUACAUUGCAAGAAAAAUUUGAUAAUUUGCCAGAUUAGGUGGAUGCCUUUUAAAACAAUUUUGAACAUCAAUACAGCCUUAUAAUAAGAAUGGGAUAUUUUUAAUAGUAGGAAGAUUAUGUGUCAAUAUUGGCUUUCUUUAUUUAUUAUUUAAAUGGGUAUUUUUUCAUAUGUUUAAACAAACAUGACUUUAUCUUAUUUUAAUAUAUGUCGAAAAAAUAGGAUAUCUGUAUGUAUGGUGUUAUUCAUUGCAUUUUUGAUCUGUUUACUAGUCAGCACUUUAUGAAGAAGAAAAAAAGGGAGAAUUUACAAAAUUCAGAGUUAGCUUUGUCUAGCUAACUUUAGAACUUGUAGCUGUUCCCAAUGCAGCAAAGGGGAUAAAUCUCCAGUACCUUUUGCUGCACAAAAAGAGAGAGAGAGAGAGGUGUUUUGCGGGUUCUUUCUGAAACAGAAGAUCAAAAUCACUUGAACGAUAAAUUAUACAGACUUUGACCUUCUAGAAACAAAAUUCAUAGCUGUAGUUUUAUUUUCAAGCUUCAGUCUGUGUUGACUUUGCUUGAAUGUCAGCAUGUGAAGCUGUAGAUAACAUACUGAUCUAAGAGGAAUACCACUGGAAAAUGAACACCAAUUUAAAGAUGUGAUGAGCUAAGAAAUAAAAAAAAAUCACUCAUAUUUGCUAUUUUGAAGAUGAAUGAAUCCUCUUAGAUUUCUCUUCUUUCAAAUUUGUUUUUGGGCAGGGGUGGGGGGGAGAAUAAUUACUCCCUUUCACAAUUGGAGAGUAGAUGAUCUAACCACAAAUAUUUCUCUGCUUCUUACAUAGAAAAUAGUUUCUCAUUCUGAUUUUGGAUUCUCACAAAAUGAAAAGAACAACAAAACUGCUCCUCACUUUCUUGCAAGUUCCUAGAGUGGCCAAGAUUUGUUUUCUUUUUGCUCUCUCGAAACCAAAAUUCCUCCCACAGUCCCUUAAUCAUAUUAAAUAAAAACAAUGAAUGUUAAAGCUAUGAAAGUAAUAUACAAACAAGAUGGUGAUGAUGAUUGAAUGAUAGCAGAACCCCUUCAGAUUUUGGAACAAAAUGCAAGAUUCGUUGAGACAUGUGGUCUGAAAAGGAGAAAUGUAAGAGAUAAAUUAGGUCUACAAAAAUAUACUUCCUAAAUCAGGUCUGUGUUACUCAAGUAUUGUGAAUGUUUUCAUAAUUCUAUUGCCUGUAAGCUGCUUUCAUACAUAUAAUAAAAUUAUUUUGUGAACAUAAGGUCAAAUAAAGCGAUUUACAUUAUA